AACCUAGAGGCGGGCGACUUUGGCAGUCCGGUGUGUGCGAUGGCGGAGCCGGUGAGGAAACGGGGUCGAUGGGCCCGAAGAGGCUGUGUCGGCCGAGGGACUCGGGGGGCCCGGGGCGGCCAGGGCCUGCGGUCUGGCGCCCAGCGCUCUCCAGCCCGGAGCUCCGAGGAUUCGGUACUUGUGGACUUGGUCAGCGACAGUGAUGAGGAAAUCCGGGAGGUUUCAACAACGCACGGCGCAGCGGACCCAGUCGAGGUCCCGCUCCCAGAGCCUCCGGUGCCGGCCGCGACUCGGGACGACAGCGACAGUGACAGCGAAGGGGCGGACGCAAGGCCGGCUGGAGCCCCUCCGGCCCUGGUCAGGCGGCGGCGGCGGCUACUGCUGGAUCCGGGGGAGGCACCGGUGGUUCCGGUGUACUCCGGGAAGGUGAAGAGCAGCCUCCACCUUAUCCCUGAUCACCUGUCCCUCCUGAAGCUCUGUCUCCCAGGGACUGAGGAAGAGGGGGAUGUGGCCGAUUCCAGCAGUCCCCAUGCUGAGGAUCCCCCGGUUCCAGAUUCUCCCUGGAAGAAGAAGCUGAGGAAUAAGGCUGAAGAAAGAAAUAAGAAAAAGAAGGUGUCUCCGGCUCAGGACACCUCCCCUUUGCCCCCACCUCUGCCAAGGACCAAAAGCAGAAAACAUACUCGGGCACUCCAGAAGUUAAGGGAGGUGAACAAGCGCCUCCAGGAUCUCCGUUCCUGCCUGAGUCCCAAACAGCGUCAAGGUCAGGACCACCUGAGCCAAGAUGAUGAGGUGGUCCUUUUGGAGGGGCCCAUCCUCCCAAGGAGCCCCCGACUCUUCCCGCUCAAAAUUCGGUGCCGUGCCGACGUGAUCAGAUUGCCUGUCAGAAUGUCGGAGCCCCUACAGAGUGUGGUGGACCACAUGGCCACCCAUCUUGGGGUGUCCCCAAGCAGGAUCCUCUUGCUCUUUGGAGAGACAGAGCUGUCCCCUACCGCCACUCCCAGGACCCUAAAGCUUGGAGUGGCUGACAUCAUUGACUGUGUGGUGCUAGCAAGUUCUCCAGAGGCCGCAGAGACAUCCCAUCUGCUGCAGCUGCGGGUGCAGGGGAAGGAGAAACACCAGACGCUGGAAGUCACGCUGUCUCGAGAUUCUCCUCUCAAGACCCUCAUGUCCCGCUAUGAGGAGGCCAUGGGACUCUCCGGCCACAAGCUCUCCUUCUUUUUUGAUGGGACAAAGCUUUCAGGCAUGGAGCUGCCGGCUGAUCUGGACAUGGAAUCUGGGGACCUCAUUGAAGUCUGGGAAUGAAACCCCACUCCCUAUUGUGAGCCCCAGCUGGACUUGGGGAGAAUGUCUGUCCCCUUUUGGCCCUAUAAAGGUUAGCUGAACCUGAGGCGGAACUUAUCUUUAAGCUGAAGCAAAAUCAAGGCAUGGUAUUUGAUCUCCUCUCCCGUGGGCCCUAAUUCCAAGCUGUUAGUAGCUGGUUAGUUGUGUGGUCAUCACUGCUGCCCUGGGUGCCCUGUGUCUCCACUCACAUGGUGUGGUGAGUUUUGCAAACUCCUGGGACAUCCAUUACGCUCACCCUUUCACUUCCACCCUCAUCGUUUCCUUCACCAAAAUGUCUGUUUUAUAAAACUGCUCAUGUUUGAAGAGCGAGUUGAUAAAUUAGCGUUGAGAAUGGGAUUCUGGGCCUGGGAUGUACGCCACGUCUAGGACCAGCAGUGGCCUCAGCUUCAUGUGGGGAUAGGUAGUGAAGUUUGCUUGCAGCACAUACACAGGUGUGGUUCCUUGGCUUGCAGGAAAAGAGAUGAUCGAGCUCACACAUGCAUGAGCUUAAGCACAGGCAGGCUGUGGGUUACCCCUUGGAAGGAUAUUGAAGGUUCUCGGCCUCGGGUAUCCAACUUACCACACGACUCUCCCUUUUUAGGCCCCUUCCUGAGGCACACACAUUAUUUAAGGCAUAACUGAGCACAGGCAGCCUUUUCUUUUGGACCUCAGAUUCUAGUCCGUGCAAGGCUUCUCUGGUCUUCCAGCUUUUCUCCCCUUCCUCAUGUCAUCCUCUCCCAUAAUCAUCCAUGCUAGCGUGUUGAUGACAUGUCUUUGAAUAUGAAUGUAUCCUUGUAAAAUGCAGUAUUCAACGUGUGAAUAUCCUCCUUAUAUAUGUGGUAUUGUGCUAUAGAUCUCGUGUGGCUUCAUUUUUCACUUAACAUGUAUUACUUGUUUUACAUCUGCUUCAUCGCUUUGAACUGGCCUGUCACAUUCCACAGUGGGCGCCAGCUGUGUGUUACGUGUUCACUCGUGGAUUCC